UUGGUACCAGUACACGUAGAGCUAUAGAAGAUACGAUAGAGGCGCAGUUGGGAUAAACAAGCCGUGUGGACAAGACUCUUUCAACGCCACACCAACCCUCAAUUUUCUUGGUAAAUUGUAUCUUCUGGAGGAGAUUGGAAUCUCAAGAUGCAUCAGACACUAGCGAUCCUUCUCGUCCUGACACUCGUCGGGGCUACCUUGGCCAUGAAUCCAAGGCAGGACUUUGCUGAUCGUCGUGGUAUGCAGAGAAUGGAGAAAAUGAAGCCCAUGAGGCAGGGGAUGCAAGUACGGAACGAGUAUCUUGAACGGUUCCAGGCAGACGCAGAGAAGAGAGCCCGUAAAUAUGGCGAGAGCAACCUGAGAGAGAAGAUGUCCAAGUUGAAGACCCCCUAUGCUGACCAGUUGUCCCAACUUCGUGAGAGGAUGGCCGCCGGACAGGAGAGGUUUGGCGCCAAGAUGAUGCGCGGUGACCGAAGGAAGGUCAAGAGAUCAUCCAGGAGGCAGCCAUAAGAAAGAGGACUUCAUAAUAGUCGCAUCUACAGAGUGUCUUUCCAUGUCAAAUAGUAUAGGGAAUGUCCAAACAAAAAAUAUUAAAUAGAUAAUUUGCUUUCGUCCAGAAAAGCACACAUGAAAACCGCUUCACUUAAUUUUACUUUACUACGUCUCAUCACGUUAUACAUCUACAUGCGGAUUUUAUGUUAGGCCUAUUGGCAGAUUUUUAUGUAAGGUUUGAAUUUUAAUGGUUUAUUUUUUAACUCAUGUUAGUUUUCGUUGCUCACUUAUGUUGGCAUUAUUUUGUCAUCAUAAUUUAAUUUCUGCAUCCAUGUUUAGUAUGCCUGAAUGACCAUUAUUAAGAUGCAAACGCUUUUUUACAGUAAUUUCUACCCCACUCCCUUCCCCGUUGUGUGUUGUAACUUGAUUAUUUAAUAUAUACCGUAUGUCUUUCGGCUGCCAAUUUUGCUAUUUGUUUCGCAUAUUAAUACAAUACCUGUAUAAUAAUAAUCUAAGUUUUAUAACCAGUGUUAUCAUUGUGUGUAAAUUCACCUCGUUUAAACAAUUGAACUUAAUUGGAAUGUAAAUUUGUCAAAUGAAAACAAGUUAAAGUUUAUCAAAAACCUUUUUAUAUAUAUGUUAAUUAAUUUAGUCAUAUUUUCGAGAAUAUGUAUUAUUCAUUGGGACCACAAAGGAUAUCACAAAUAAAUACAAGUCAGAUUUUAUCAUA